UCCCCUGGGUCCUCUCCGUCACACACCCAGAGAGACCCAGAGAGACAGACAGCAUGAGGCUCAGGCUGAUACUCCUGCUAGCCGGGCUAGCUACUGUGUUUGCUGCAGAGGAGUCAUGCAUGGACCGCUGUGAGAAUGGCUUCGACUCCAAGAAGGAUUGCCAGUGUGACACCAUGUGUCGAUACUACAAGAGCUGCUGCUCAGACUACGAGACCACCUGUCAUAUGAAAACACGUGGGGACACCUUUGAAUUUGCAGAGGAUGAUGAUGGUCCAUUUACCCCUACAACGCCCGCCUUCCCGACCCAACCUGAAGACAGGGCAUCCAGAACCUCAGGGGGCCAACAUAGGCAACCCACACGCAUCAGAACCCCCAACACCACCCCUACUCCUGCCAAAAUUGCCACAAAGAUAACCCCAGUCACAGAGCCAGCUAGAGGCGCAGCUCGAGGCCCACAGAGAGGCCAGGUCCCAGGGGUAGUCCCACUCCCGGAGGCAGCUAAAGCCACCAAGGCACCGUCGGCAACACAGGCAGGUAGAGGCUCAGAUAGAGGCCAGUUCCCAGCGGUAGUCCCACUCCCAGAGACAGCUAUAGCCACCGAGGCAACAUCAGUCCUACAGACAACCACAGAGGAAGUGGUGACGACCACCAAGGCUCCGGUAGUAGACCCAGAUGCUGAGCCAUGCAGCAGCAGGCCCUGGGACUCCCUAAUGCAGCUCAAGAACGGCUCUGUCUACGCCUUCAGAGGGGAGUGGUUCUUUGAGCUGGAUGAGAAGUCGGUGAUGCCCGGCUACCCCAAACUGAUCCAGGACAUCUGGGGUAUCAGAGGGCCUAUAGAUGCUGCCUUUACACGUAUCAACUGCCAGGGCAAGACAUACAUGUUCAAGGGUAACAAGUACUGGCGGUUUGAUGAUGGUGUGCUGGAGGCGGACUAUCCCAGAGAUAUCAACGUGGGCUUUGAGAAGAUACCAGACGACGUGGACGCAGCCUUCGCCAUAGCAGCCCCUGGACACCACAGCAAAGAGAAGGUCUACUUCUUCAAAGGUGACCAGUACUACCAGUAUGAGUUCAAGCACCAGCCAUCACAUGAGGAGUGUAUCAAGAUGGCAGCUGAGUCUCCCUCCGCUCUGUUCACAGCCUACACUGACAUCUACCACAACAACUGGGAGGAACUCUUCAACAUGCUCUUCAGAGGCAUCCCCAACCACCAUGGUGGGCAUCGGUUCAUCAACAAGGACUGGAUAGGCAUCAAGGCCCCAGUGGACGCUGUCAUGACAGGGAGACUCUACAUCACCCCCAGGCCACUGGCCCCACCCCUGUUCCCACCCGUACCCCCUUUACGGGACCACAACGACGGGAGGCGCCAGCCAUGGGACCAACAGUGGGGGCAGUAUGGUCAACAGGAUCAGUUAAAUGGACAGCAAAAUGGACAACAAUAUGGACAACAAGGGCAACAAUAUGGACAGCAGUGGGAACAGCAGUGGGGCCACCGCAGAAGUAGGCGCCAGUCUUACUGGGGUGCCGGGACGGGAAUGGCUAUGGGGCAGGCGUUCACAGAGAAGGGGAUGGAUAUGGGGAAACGAUUCGCUGAGAAGGGUUUGGAUCUUGGUCGGAAGCUGGUGGAAAGGAGGAUGGCUAUGGGGCAGGCGUUAGCAGAGAAGGGGAUGUUUGGAGGGUGGGACAUGCGCCGAACGGAUGCCAGGGAUGAAGACAGAGACAGGGAUAGAAGGAGGGUUGACCAGGAUAGGAGGAGGGAUGACCAGGACAGGGGGAGGGAUGACCAGGACAGAAGAGAUGGAUACAACUAUGACUCCAGAUACAACGCUGAGGGGAGGGCCUACUGGGAGUUUGUCAACAAGGGCCAGCCAGUGCAGAGCGUCUACUUCUUCAAGGGAGAUAAAUACUACAGAGUGGAUCUGAAGACCAAGAAAGUGGACCCAGCCAGCCCUCCUUACCCCAGGUCCAUUGGCAAGUACUGGCUGGGCUGCCCUGAAAAACACCUGGAGGCCGAGAAGAAAUAGAUUCACAACUGGAUAAAGAAACAUAUGCAGUAUGUCAAAACAUGUUUUACAUCAAAGACUCAAAUAGACAGUAAUUUAAAGCUGGAUAAUUAGAAGAAUCACUUGAAAAAUGAAAGGAGAGCCUCACACUCUAGGAGCUCCGAUGCAAUACUUUAAUAACCUCAUAUCCAACAUUUCGAUAGACAAGCUGAUACCCUGAUGAAGACAGCUUGUCUGUCGAAGCGUUGGAUAUGAGGUUAUUAAAGUAUUGCAUCUGAGCUCCUAGUGUGUGCGGCCCUCCUUUCAUUUUUCAAGGGUUCUACUCCGCUAGCCAGCGCCUCGCCUAAAUAGGUGUGCGUUUCUUUCGCCUCUAAAUUAGAAGAAUCACUUCACAAAAAUGUUCUGUUAUGAGGACAUUUCUCUUUGUACCUGGAAUACUUGUGUGUAAUACUUUUAUAAUGAAACAUUUUCUAGCUGUAAAGGGUACCCACAUGUUAUUGGGGGUAUUGAAAUGAAUCCAAGGCUCAAUUCAGUCAAAGUAGACUUGUAGUAUUUGCGCUGUAGCUCCCCUUAUUGGAGAUCAAUGAAGGCCCACCCAUCUCUGUUCCCCACCCCCUCUGUUCCCCAUGAUUUGGGGCAAAGUUCAGCUGGUUGGUUGGUGUGCAAUCUGAAGUCCACAAAAACACUACAGUGAAUACUAUAGUUAUUACUGUAGUAUUUACAGUUAACUAUAGUAUAAAUACUGCAGUGAAAGAAAACUGUAGUAAUUAAUGUAGUAUUUUUGCGGAUUGUAGUAUACGGUAGUAUUUACUGUAGUAUUUUUGCAGACUGUAGUAUACUGUAGUAAUUACUGUAGUGUUUUUGCGGACAUUAUUGUUGUAUUUACUAUAGUGUUUUUGUUUUAAUAUCUUUGACAUAGAAGUGGAGGCUUUCACAGUGUGUAGUAUAGUAUUCUACAGUAUACUACUGAAUUCUAUUGUAAACUGUAAUAAUUUUUACAUGUGGCUUAUCUCUCCUCUCUAAUAUCUGACCCAGUUUACAAGAGGGGUCUUUAAAGGUGGGAUUGACAGUGUGAUACAGAAACACUACUAACACCUAGUGAAUGACAGGCUACAAAGACAUCAACAAACACAACUCUGGACCACCAGGUCUCCAUUUCCUGACUAGCGCUUUCAGUGGAAUAUGAUGAAACUGUUUUUGGCUGCAUAGAAGGACAUGCUAUGUGGGAGGCAAGCUUAACAGUGAUCAAGAGGACGCAGGCUUGGCAAAACCUACAGAUAGUACAUAGACUAUGCUAGCCUGAUAGUAGACUAUGCCGGGUAGCCGGGGGAUAUCUGUUCCAAUGAGACACCGUGCUGCAUUCUUUUACAUUACAACUCAAUUCCACAGCGUACACGGUCCGGACUUGUUGAUUCACUGCUGAUUUUUGGAAACAUUCAGAAAUGAGAUUAAAGAAGAUCAAGUCAUCAA